UAAGGGUCCUUUAUUUGUGAACACAUGUGAAAUGUAAUCGUAAAUCCACUGUAAUUGACAAAAUAUUUUUUUAAAACAAUUUAUUUAAUAAAAUUAUGAAUGUCUUGUUGUUAUUUAAAAUGUGACAGCGGUGUUUUUCUAUCUAAAAUAUAUGUUUUUGCGUAAAUCAAUGUCUGCGUUUGAAUUUCAAACUCUGUUCUGUUUUGUCCAAUCACUAAUCUGACUCUUGCGGGAGCAGCCAUUUUACAGACGUUUAUGGAUCUAUAGUGAGAGCGCGCGCUCAAUCUGUCCGGCCCGCGAAUGAAGCUGUGGAAGACGUCUUGCAACAUUUCUAAACUACUGAGGCACUGCGCACCCCUGAAACAUAUGAUUCUGCUGUUCAUGAUUUACAAUCUGAAGACCGUCAAGACAUCAAAGGAAUAAAGUAAUGACUGACUUGGAGACAACAUUUCUACGUACUGCCAUCACUGAGGUCUUGCCUAACCUUCCAGAGGCAACAAAAGACAUUUUAGUGGAGUUAUUGCAAUCCAUUGGAGUGGAGACAUAUGAUGAUUUUCAGUUUAUUGAGGAAUGCGAUUUGCUGACAGCAUUGAGGCCAAUCCAAGCUCGAAAAGUCCUUGCUGCUUGGAAGUUAAGAUGCCAGACACCAGAAACAAGCAGCUCACCACAACCUUCCACAGCCUUGCAUAGUUCACCUGCAAGUUCUGAAUCUUCCUCCACCAGCAGCUCCCAAAGCCCAGAUGUAGGCUGGGUGGAUACGUUUCUGAUUCCAUGGGAUACAUUUCCUCAGGAACUAAUGCAAUUUUUGGAGAGAGGAAAACGACUAAGUCCACGAAUGAGAAGAGAGAUGGUCCGAAUUGUGGUAAAUGAGAUGAUGCGAAAAUGUUCAUGCCCAAAUAAAAGGAAUUCUACUGAAGUUGCCAAAAAGAUGGUAGCAAAGUAUCCAGAGUCUCUCCUGGAUGUAAUAGAGGGGGAUGUGGUUGGGCCAGGGUACCAUUCUUUAGUGAAGCAGUUGCAGUAUAGGAUUGAAAAUGUGAAGCGAUCUACGACACCCAAAAUAAGAAAACGAAGACAUCAGACUGAUGACUCUGACACGGACGAAAUUCCUCCAGAAAAGAGGGCAGCAAUUCAGGAUACGUAUGGAUGCAUUAACUGGCAUGUAAAAUUCCUGCCACAGGGAGAGACCUCUGAAAGUCAGGAGGAAAAGAAAGAGAAAAUGAAGAUAAUGUCUCGUCAAACUGAUGCAAACGCAGAAGAAGUCAGACAUCUAAUGAAAUUGACUUUCUACACACAACGUAACCAAGUCAAUCAGGGCAAGAAUAUAAAAUGCCUCCUGGAGGAUUGGCCAUGGUGGUUUAAUGAGCUUGGCAUGGCAGUUCACUACAAGGAGCUUACCGGAAUUGGUCUUUAUGAAACUUUCACACGGAAUCUGGACUUGAAGGUGAAACGACUACUAAACUACUUCAGUACUGUUGGUGUGAACAAAAACAAAAAGUUCCUGCAGGACUUAACAAAGUUUAAAGUGAUGAGGGGAGAGCUAUGUGGUUGCUCUGAAGAUGUGAAAGAGAUGUUGAUGCUUUUGAUUUCCUACUUUAAUGAGAAGGAAGAUGCUAUGUUCUGUCAUGUGGAGGACACAUGCCUCGCAGAAGAGGUAGAGAUGGACAAAGUUAAUUUGACCCCAACACUUGUUGUGUGUGGCCAAUCCUGCUUUUCGUCGAAGCGUUUCAUGCUGUGUGUGGAUCAAAAUAUUGUACAUGACAACAUCCCCUCCUUCAUUUCCGCCCUGUGCAUGAUGUUUGGAAGCUAUUAUUGCUUUAACAUCCAUUACCCAUCAGAGCUGGCAUCAACCUUGGAGUUUUUGCAGAGGUGUUUCUUCUCUAUCAACCCAGAGAAAGGCACUAAAGUGGAGGAAACAAACACAGCCCGACUUCAUGUGAACCCAAGAGUUCUUACCUUGAUUCAGGAGCUUUCAGAUCAUGAAUGGCGUGACGUCUAAAUAUGGACUGAAGUCAGUAAGAUUUGACAAACAGUGAAUGCCAGUUUCUCAGGUUUAUUUGAUCUGCCAUGCUUAAUGUAUGUGUUAAGUUUGUACACAACUGUUAAGAGUUUUUAUUGCUCUAGUGUUUUCUGAAUUAGGUUAUUUCUGAAUUGCUUGUUUGUAUGGAAUAUUUGUUUAUAAAACAACUCUUAAAUGUUCUUAAACCGAUUUAAGAGAAAAGUCAGUAACAUUUUAUAAUAACUACACACUAUAAAUAAUUUAUUAAGCAUUAGCAUAUAGUGAAUUCAUUAACUGUUGAGCACUAACUCUAAAUUAAUAAACAUUAUUUGGCAGUUUAUAACAACUGCUAAAAUGCUGUAUUCUUGAUUUAAAAACACGUGUA